CCGUUCCUUCAACCACGCAAGAACUUACAUUGAACUUCUACACUAGUCUUUGACGCAACAAUUAACCCCUAAAUGGAGUUUUCAGAGGAGAGUGUGAGCAUCCCGUUCGAGCAGAAAGAGCUGGAAUGCGUGUUCACGGUCCCUGCUGACUUCGGCGCGGAAUGCACCGCUGUGGUGUUGACGCACGGUGCGGGCGGAGACAUGCACGCCAGACAGCUGGAGAGCCUAGCGCACGCUCUCGCACGUUCAGGAGUUCUGUGUCUGCGAUUCACCUGCAGGGCGGUGAACUUCAUGUACAGAUUCAGAGCUUAUCUCACCGUUGUGAAUUACUUAAAGAGCCAUGAGAGAUUUGCACCAAACAGAAUUUUCUUGGGAGGGCGCUCUAUGGGUGCUCGUACAGCUGUUGCUGUUUGUGAACGUAUGCAGAGACAGAAGGAUGCAGUCCAGGGUGUUCUGUGUUUGUCAUUCCCUCUUCAUCUACCAGGAAAACCACUAACAUAUGUUGAGCGGAGCAGAGGCCUGCUUGCGCUGUCGCGAACUUCUGUGCUUUUUGUUUCCGGCACUACAGAUAACUUGUGUGAAAAGAGACUUCUAGAAAUUAUUAGGCACGUCAUGAAAAACCCUUCUGCCGUUCACUGGGUCAAGGAUGCUAACCAUGGACUCAAAGUACGAGGCAGAACAGAAGAAUCAGUACUGGAGGAAGUCAAUCCACAGAUUAUUGCAUGGGUACUACAACACAAAUGAAAUGUGCAUUUAUAAAUACAUAAAUAUUAUUCUUACUGUUGGAUGAAAAAAGAUGGUGAGAUGCUGAGCCUUACCCUAACCAUCUGUUCCUCAUUAUAUUAACUCCAUUACAGAUCAUUUAUAUAACAAUAAUAAAGAUCAUAAUAUUAUAAA